CUCAGGUUUCCUGAAACCCAGAGCGCGCAUCAUUAAUCAUUCAUUGGGGUCGAUCCUUCAGUCAACUGCAGCUCUGAGUAAGCCGCAGCGAGCCCUUAGCUAAUCCUUCCUGCCAAGGGGAUCCUGGGGUGAGAGAGGACAACUGGACAGUCAGCCACAAGUGCUGGUGCCCAGACCUGCCCCUCUUGCCCUGCUGUGAGCGCGGGUGUGCAUGUGCGUUCACCCUCUCGGACACAGACCGAAAACUUCCCAUACGGAAAAACAAAUUCGGCAUCAUGUUUAGCGUGACCCAGAGUUUCCAAUAGAAAAGCAACUCGAAUUGUGGCCUAAUGGCUCAGGGCGGCUCUCUAAGUACCAAAUAAGCCCGUUAAAUACAUUAGAGGCAACAACAGCCUUCUCCUCCAGCCGCGCCACACCAAAGGCUUCCCAAGUUGGACUGCGAAUCUUGGUUUGGUUCCCCACCGCAAGCACUCCGAAGCGCUGGGAUUCUCACGGCCGGACUUUGUUCCGGAGGGAUUCCCGGGGCCAGGAUUGUGCUAGCGGGGUCUGCGGGGCAACUGGAAGGGAACCUGGAAAUCGGGUCUUGGGUAGGCGAGAGUGCGUUCCGGGGACGCAGGCAUGCAGCAGAGGUGGGAGAGUCCAGGAACUCACUUCCACGUUUAAACCACCCUCCCCCCCCAUUUCGGCUGCUGCCCCCUGGAAGACUCCCAUGCUCGCGCGGAGGUGAAUUCCGCGCCGUUGGCUCCGGUGGGAGGGUGGCGGUGCGGCGCGUGAGAACUGCUGGGGUGCGUGGCCCCGGUCUGCGCGUGCCCAGCGUCGGGGUACAGCUCCUCUCCGCCCGGCUUCUCCUCCCACUCACUCGCUCCCAUCUCCUCCCUCCUCCACACCCCCCGCCCCCGGGACCGCGAAGCUCCCUCCCCGCACCGGCCAGAGAGUACACAAAGCGGCGGGUGAGGGGAAGCUUCGCAGGCGUGCACCAAGCAGUGAGAUCACUGGCGUUAUAAAUAUCCCAGUUCCUGCGCCGAGAUCCAUUCGAGUGGCCUCUCUCUCUCUCCCUCCCUCUCUUCCCCGAGGCUAUGUCCACCCGGUGCGGCGAGGGGGGCAGCGCCAGAGGCACGCAGCCGCGCGGGGGCUACGGAGCCCAGAACCAACCCUACAAGAUGCACUUAGAACCCCCGCGGCUGGAAGAAUGAGCUUGUCCUUCCUUCUCCUCCUCUUCCUCAGCCACCUAAUCCUCAGCGCCUGGGCUCACGGGGAGAAGCACCUCGCCCCCAAAGGGCAACCCGGACCCGCAGCCACCGGUCGGAACCCGGCGGGCGCCAGCAGCAGUAGGAGCAGCAGGGGCACGACGUCUUCCUCUUCUUCCUCCGUCUCCUCCUCCCACUCGGCUUCUCUGGGCAACCAAGGAAGCGGCUUGGAGCAGAGCAGUUUCCAGUGGAGCCCCUCGGGGCGCCGGACCGGCAGCCUCUACUGCAGAGUGGGCAUCGGUUUCCAUCUGCAGAUCUACCCGGAUGGCAAAGUCAAUGGCUCCCAUGAAGCCAAUAUGUUAAGUAUUUUGGAAAUAUUUGCUGUGUCUCAGGGGAUUGUAGGAAUACGAGGAGUUUUCAGCAACAAAUUUUUAGCGAUGUCAAAAAAAGGAAAACUCCAUGCAAGUGUUUGUUAUCUCUAUGGAAAUCCCCAUAGAGCACCUUUCUGGAUUUAUAUGAGGCCAAAUUUCCCGAUGACUGCAAGUUCAGGGAGCGAUUCCAAGAAAACAGCUAUAAUACCUAUGCCUCAGCAAUACACAGAACUGAGCCAGCAGGCCGGGAAUGGUAUGUGGCCCUCAACAAGAGAGGGAAAGCUAAGCGAGGCUGCAGCCCGCGGGUUAAACCCCAGCACAUCUCUACCCACUUUCUGCCAAGAUUCAAGCAGCUGGAGCAGCCAGAACUUUCUUUCACGGUCACUGUUCCUGAGAAGAAAAAGCCACCCAGUCCUGUCAAGCCAAAGGUUCCCCUUUCUGCACCUCGGAAAAGUCCCAACACCGUGAAGUACAGACUCAAAUUUCGCUUUGGAUAAUAUUCUUCUUGGCCUUGUGAGAAACCAUGCCUUCGCCUCAGGAGUUUCCACGGGUGUCUUUAUGGCUCUGAAGAAAAACGUUCGGAUACACCUGCAGCUACACUCCACCGUAGUGAAGUCCAGUCACUUGUUUCAGCGCGACUGAAACAAAACUGUUUUCUGAUAGGAACUGAACUGGAAUUCUUUGUCCACCAUAGGGAGCACACUGCUUCAGUCAGGACGACAUAAAGCCUUUUGCUUUAUGCUUCGUGCAUACUCUGUAUUUUGAGAAAGUUAAACAGCGUGGACUAUGUAUUUUUCUGACUUUUACAGAUCAGCCUGAAAGAACAUACAUGAUACAUUUUUAUUUUUGGUUUCCAAAGAAUAUUUUGAUGCAGAUAAAAUAUUUUAUUAACUUUUG